UAUCAUCAUCAGCUUCACGACCUGCACCCUUCACUCUGGUGUAGUUGUCUUUCUUCUGUUCUGUCUGUGAGAUCUUCUACACUUUCUUGUAGAGGUGUAUUUCAGGAUCAAUAAUCAUGCAUUACUUCCUGCUGGGAUCUUCAGUCAUGGCGCUGAUUUACCUCUCAGCUGGAGGAAAUGUCCACGUGUUCCAGAAGCCACGAUUCAUUGGCGUUAAGACCGGUCGGACUGUGAUAAUAUACUGCGUGCCGUCUAACCCUAAUCCAUUUAAUGGGUCGUUUCCUGUAGAGUGGUCCAAAGACCCGACUUUCGAAAAACAACUUCAGGACAGCCACAAAAUAAAGAUAAUGAAGGGGAGUAAUGUUAUGAAUGCAUCCAUUACCUUAAAGAAAGUGGAGACCGAAGACAGUGGCACUUACUUUUGCAGGCUCAAGGGCAGUAAUGGACCAGGAACUGAGCUACAAGUGUCUAGAUACAGUGACCCCCAAAGUAUCUUGAUGAGAUCGCGAGUCAAGGAUGUUAUCAUUUUCAUUCAGGGUUUACUGUUGAUUUUGUGCAUUGUCGUUCCUCUGGUGCAGUAUUACAGACUGGAGAAGAAAGAAGAUGCCAUUUAUGAAGUGCCUGAGGAUGACCAUAUAUAUGAGGGGCUUCAAAUUGAGCAGUGUGGUGGCGCUGAUCUGUAUGAGGACAUCACUGCUUAUGCCCGGGACACAGAUGCAGCAUGGGAAGUCGAGUCCCCAGACCAAGAGUGAGAAAAAACAUCCAUCAGAUUAGCGAUCAGCAGAUAUCAACGCCAGACUCGUGAUUACGUCCAAUCCACUAUGAGUUUGUGCUGGAUAAAUCACAUGUACGCAGACUGAUGUCACUCUGUGUGAAUACAGUAAAUGCUUUUUUUUUUUUUUUUUUUUUU